AUUGAUUUUCUACAUUUGGAGAAAUGUAAGGGAGGGUAUGAGUAUAUCCUCGUGGCCAUGGACCACUUUACACGAUUUGCUCAGGCUUAUCCCUGCAGAGAUAAAAGUGCCAAAACAGCGGCAGAGAAAAUAUUUGGAGACUUUGUGUUGAAGUUUGGUUUUCCCACACGGCUCCAUCAUGACCAGGGAAGAGAGUUCGAAAACAAACUCUUUGCCAAGCUGGAGGGAUACAGUGGAGUCAAGGGGUCCAGAACCACACCAUACCACCCCCAGGGAAAUGGUCAGGUAGAAAGGUUCAAUAGGACACUGCUGGCCAUGCUUCGGAACCUCCCAGAGGGGGCAAAAGCAGACUGGAAGGCAUCCCUGGCAAAGGUGGUCCAUGCGUACAACUGUACGCGCAGCGAGGCUACUGGAUAUGCACCUUAUUUCCUCUUGUUUGGGAGGAACCCCAGACUCCCCAUUGAUAUGAUUUUUGGUCUCACAGCUAAUGACCAAAGCCCUUCUCAUCAAGACUAUGCUGAGAAGUGGAAGAUUCGCAUGAAGGACGCUUACAAACUGGCCUCAGCGACAGCCUGUAAGGAGAGUCGACGGGGAAAAGUGCUCUAUGACAGAAAAACACAUGGUGCAGAGCUGUACCCAGGGUGCAGAGUACUGGUCCGGAAUUUUGGUGAGAAGGGAGGACCAGGGAAACUGAGAUCCUUCUGGGAGGACCAAGUGUUUCAGGUGACACAAAGGAAACAUAAGGAGAGCCCAGUAUAUGAGAUUAAGCCAGAAAAUGGCAAGGGACGUGUCAGAGUCGUCCACAGGAACCUCCUGCUGCCGUGUGACUUCUUACCAGUCGAAAAAGUCAACUCACAUGCAGAACUGGGAAAGCAAAAACAGAAAAACAACAAGGACAGACAUGAGCGGCAUGAGCAAGAGGACAGUUCGGAGGAUGAAGAUGAAUGGAGAGCAAUCAGAGGACUGUCAACAGAACAAGGGGAAUGUGGUAGACAGUCCUGGUGGACAGAAGCAUCCGAGUUCAAUGCAGAAAGUGGAGCAGGCAGUAGGGAGGAUCUCUGUGAUGACAAUGACAUGGAACACCAGGAGGAUUGCGAAGAAGAGAAUCUGGGCGUGAAUGAUAUAGAACACCAACGCGACCAGCAUGACGAGGAUACAGAGGCACAAGAGAACAAUAAAGACACAGAGCAGACGCACCAGCUCGAGAUGGAGUGCAGUGACCAAGAGGACACUGACCAGUCACCUGUCAGUGUGAAAAAGUAUCCUUUCAGAAUGAGAAAACAAAAGCUAAUGUUUACUUACCACAAGUUAGGACAGCCAACAUUAGCACUUGAAUAAGUACCUCAGACACAGUCAUAUGUUACAUAUUGCAGUAAAGCAGUUAUAACAGUUACAUUUUCAGGUUUUUAUUAAUGCUUUAUUAGAAGAAUAGAAAUGUUAAUUCUGUUUUGUUAGCCAUAAAGAAGAGUUAGUGUAAUGACCUGUUAUGAGAAUGGCACCCAUGUCAUGUAGCGAGGUUAUGUCCAGGUGAGAGCACCUUACUCAGUAAAGAUGCAGAUACCCGUGAUAUGGACGGAAAAGCAGUGGACUGUUAUCGUGCACAAUAACACCUGCUGCGACAUAUGACAUGAAGGGGAGAUACAUGUCAUGUGUUUCACUGUGGCUAGCAGUGAUGCUGAACUCUGACUCCUAAAGGGAUGUAGCCUCCUACAAGCAAUGUAUAGUUGCCACAUAAGGACUGAUAUUGGUAGAAUGUCGGGACGCCAUUAACUUUUUGAGGGGAGAGUGUAAGGACAAGAAAGACAUUGUGGACAAAACAAGACACCCCCCAUAAUCUUUAGUGACAAUAUUGUAGUUAGUUAAAUGGUCUGAUUGUUCAAAUCUGUAUUUUCUUUGAUUGUGGUAAAAUAAUGUGUGCCCCAGUCUCCAAAAAUGACAUAGUGCAGGAAGCGUAGUUAUUCCUCCGUUACACCACAAGAGGGAGUAUCCCCUAAAAUGAGCAGCUCUAGCGGGAGUAAAGAAGCCAGCCACUACCCAUAAGGCAGUGCGCCUAUAAGCGUUAUGUGAGACUGCAAAAGUGUGUAACGCUGUGCUAUGUCCAUGUAUAUAUUUGCAGAUGCAGUAAAGGCGAACUCACAAAGCCACACUGGUUUCA